AAUAAGGAGGUGAAGGGAGCUCAAGAAGACUUUGCGUGCAUGCCGAUGCCUCUGAGAUAAGGGCGAAUCAGGGAUGAAGCGAGAUCUAAAGGGAAGCUUUGACUUUCUUUUAGAUCUCAUGAUUUCACUGGCACUCAACUAGACAGGACUGCCAUUUUGGAAGAUCACAGAAAUCUAUUUGGCUAUUUCAGCAAAGAUCGUCAGUGAAGCCAAUCGCCGUGGGUGUACAGUCCAUUUGACUACAGGUCUUGAAUAAAGUUUAAGUGCAGAACGGUUCCAUGGAAGGUGUUUCUUUAGUAGCUGGCCUUCUUAAUUUGGCCGGCAGUAAACUAGCUUCCAAGAUCUUUUGUCAGUUCAGUGCUGCAUUGGGGGUGAAGAAAGAUCUUCAUCAGCUUUUGGGUUUAGUUGAAGAAAUUAAAACAUUUCUUCAUAAUGUUGGAGGCAAAGUGAUAAAGAAUGAUCCAGCACUCACUUGGCUGAAUAAGCUGAAAGAAAUUGCUUACAGUAUUGAUGAUUUGCUGAAUGAUUUCCAUAUGGAGGCCGAGAAACAGAAGGCAAAGGAACUUGACCGUGAGAAGCUUGUUAUGGUAAAAUGCUUCUGUGAUAGGCCAAAAUCUAUUUGGUUACAACACAAGAUGGCCAACAAAAUUAAGAAAAUCAGAGAGAAAUUUGAAGCAAUCGUAACAGAAAGAAAGGACUUCAAAACACUAAGAGAUGGUCUACCCAUGGAUUCAAAUGUGGAUCGACAGAUUGCUACUGGAGAGCUGCCUUUUUUGACUGUUGUUGAUGAGAUAACAGUACUGGGGAGAGACCAUGACAGAUCUAACAUUAUAUAUGAGUUAACAAAGAGUGAGGAUCAGGGGAUAAUACUACCAAAGAUUAAUGAUCAAGAGAUGGUAUCAGUAAUGUCUAUUAUUGGUUUAGGUGGGUCAGGAAAAACUACUCUGGCCAAGUUGGUCUUCAAUGAUGAAAUUUUGAUAGAGAAGCAUUUUAAAGUCAGGGUUUGGGUUUAUGUGUCUCAAAAGUUUGAUGUUUUUGGACUUAUUGGGAAAUUAUUUGAGGCUAUCACUGAUCAGAGAUCUGAAAGCCAUCCGUUGCAGUACAUGAGCAGAGUAAUCACAGAGCAGUUGAGUGGCAAGAGAUUUCUACUUGUUAUGGAUGAUGUCUGGAAUAAGGAUCUACUCGAGUGGGAACAAUUCAUGUUACAUCUGAAAGCCGGUGCAGCUGGAAGUAGGAUUUUACUUACUACACGAAGUCAAGAAGUUGCAGAGAAAAUGAACUCCACACUUCUGUAUAACUUGCAAGCCCUAUCUGUGGAUGAUAGCUGGAAGUUAUUCCUACAAAGCAGUGGAAGGGAUAAGGAAGAUUUGGACUCAGAGUUUAUAGAUAUUGGAAAAGAUAUUGUGAGAAAAUGUGGAGGGGUGCCUUUAGCUGUGAAAGCUCUUGGUGGUAUUGUCGGCAGCAAGAAAGAAAUAAAUAGUUGGCGGGCAGUGAAAGAGAGUGAAUUGUGGGAUAUUGAUGAUAGAGUGUUUACAUCCCUCUGGUUGAGCUACUUUCAUUUGCCAGCAUAUCUGCAGCAGUGUUUCCUUCUUUGUUCAAUAUUUCCCAGAGGGUACUUAAUAGAUAAGGACUACUUGAUUGCUCAAUGGAUAGCACAUGGUUUGGUUAUUCCACUAAACGACCUUGAGCAACUGGAAGAUGUCGGAAAUGAUUAUUUUGAUUCUCUUUUGAAGAUAUCAUUUCUUCAAGAUACAGUUCAAGAUAAGUACACAACAGUAGUGACUUGCAAGAUGCACGACUUGGUUCAUGAUCUUGCUUGGCGCAUUUUACGACAUGAAAUUACUGUCACACCUGAAAAGGCUAUAUAUGAUCCCAGUCAGAGUUGCAGAUAUAUAUCCCUGACAAAAUGCAUUAAGAAUAUUGACAGAAAGUUAAUUAGAAAGGCACGUGCUCUUUAUGUUUGUGAUGGUGCUUUCAUAUUUGACAAGCCAAUUAAGAAGUCAAACCAUGUCCGUAGUGUCAUUCUAGAGCAUGUCUAUACUUCAUCGCUGUCUCCAGCCAUAGCUAUACUGAAGUUUGAAUAUCUUGGAUAUCUUAGAAUGACACAUCUACAGUCAGAAACACUUCCAGAAGCUAUCUCAUGUUGUUGGAACUUGCAGGCCCUUCAUGUCACAGAUUGCCAUGAACUUUUGAGGUUACCAGAGUCUAUUGGUAAGCUUAAGAAGCUGAGAAGUCUAGAUCUGUCAGGUGAUUGGAAGCUUGAAGGUUUACCACAAUCCAUUUGUGAUUGUGACAAUCUCCAUAGCUUGCGCCUAAUCUCUUGUGUGAAUCUCGCAACAUUUCCAUUUAAGAUGUCUCGAAACUUGCAAAGCGUCAAUUUAAAUGGUUGCUCUAGAAUCACGCAACUUCCAAAUUCUGUUGUCCAGCUUGAAAUGAUCAAGAGCCUGAAUUUGUCCUUUUGUUCUGAUAUCCAAGAGUUACCAAAUUCAUUUAAUUGGUUUAGAUUACAUGCUCUUAAGCUCUCUGGGACUAAGCUUGCAAGGCUACCAGAUGGCAUCGUGAACUUAUGGAGGCUUAAGGAACUGGACCUAGAAGGAUGUGAUGAGUUGUGUGGCAUGCCUCUGGGAAUUGGACAGUUAACUCAGCUACGAAGGUUGGCAUUGUUUGUUGUCGGGGAUGGUAAAGAAUAUGCAAGGAUGUCAGAGCUCCGCAGUCUAGUUAGGUUGAGUGGUGAUCUGGAGAUUAAAAAAAUUAGGUAUAUAAAGUGUUCAGACAAUGAUGGAGAGAAGGCGUACUUGACCGAAAAGAAUGGACUACAGGAACUAAAAUUGCAGUGGUACUCAAGCAAUCGUGAGAUAGAUUUGGAACAAGAGUUGGCUUUGCUUAACAGGCUUCAGCCACCACCAGGAAUCAGGAAGCUUUGUAUUUAUGGUUAUCCUGGCCAGCAAUUUGCAAGUUGGAUCACAGAGCAAAAUGAAUCCUCUUUUUCUUUCAAAGGGAAGACGAAGCAGUUAGAUCCACCACCUUUCUUAAGUUUGGCUCAUAUGGAGCUAGCAGAUUAUAGAAACUUGAAGCAUUUGUCAGGGCUGGUGAAUUUGCCUUCUCUGAAUACCCUUAAGCUAGAGAACAUGUCUGUGCUUGAAAGUGUUGGUGGCGGUCCCUUCCCUUCACUUAAGGAGUUACAUAUUGAGAAGAUGCCUCAUUUGUCUGUAUGUUCAGUGACGACGAUCGCAUGUUCGGCACAUGGGGAGGGUGGGGAAUCUAACUGUGAAGAGCUUCACAGCUUCUCUUGUAUGACCACAUUAAAGAUAAUUAAAUGCCCAAACCUCACGAUGAAGCCAUCCUUUCCAUCAUCUCUGGAGAGCUUAGUGUUGAUGAGCAGCAACACGGGAUUGUUGCUUCCUCCUGGCAGUCCUGAUUUACUUGGUGCAGUAGCAGAAGAUUUUUGUUCGGCCUCGACGAGCAACGGGAUCAUGUUACCCUCUUGUGGCCCACUCCUUAAGUCACUGACAGUUCGCAGGAUGAUGGUACCAUCAUCUGGAUGGGGUUUGUUGCAGCAGUUUAUCUCACUCCAGUCAAUGGAAAUUUCCUCCUGCAAUGACCUCAUACAGCUGCCAAAGAGCAUGCAGAACCUCGCCUCCCUGCAGCAGCUGAAGAUCUGGAACUGUGCUUCGCUUCAGAUACUCCCAGACUGGACAGGGGAACUUGGCGCUUUGCAAAUGAUGGAUAUCAGGAGCUGCAAACGCCUGAGCAGCCUUCCUCAGUCAAUGAUGCAGCUCAAUUCCCUCCAAUAUCUGACGAUAGGCUACUGUGAUGCGCUACAACUGCCGGAGUGGCUGGGAAAGCUCCGAUCUCUCCGAAGCCUUGACGUCUGGGGUUUGCCCAAACUGACUUGCCUUCCUGAGACGCUGCGGGAACUCACCACUCUCCAGGAGUUGAAACUUAGUUGCUUUGACGCUCUUAAUACGCUACCUGAGUGGCUUGGAGAGAUCUCUUCCCUUCGACGGCUUAAGAUUGAGACAUGCCCUGGCCUUACAUGCUUGCCCAGUUCCAUGAAGCGGCUCACUGCUCUGGAAGAACUGGAGAUCAUCCGUUGUCCUGAGCUGCGGAAGCGUUACAGGAAAGGAGAGGGGCAGGCGGAAGACUGGGAUCUAAUCUCUCAUAUUUGUCAUGUCGACAUACAGAGGAUCACUGAUGAGGACUAGCAUCCUCGUCUUCCAGAACAAGCAAGACAUACAAGCUGCUCUCCAGGUGCGUGAAGGGGGCGUCCGAGGUGUUACCAAUCAUCUCCAAGAUGUGGGCGGAGAUGCUAUCCUAUGACCGUAAAACCUAAGCAGCUCAGCAGUUGCAGCGGAGAGCUCAUCGCUGCCUUCUACAGUCGAUUUGACCGUCAUCGACUGUUCCUCUAGCAGAAGACUAAUAUGGAAGAGACUAACGAAAAAAUGUAAUAAUAAGGCCAAUUUUCUUGCGUAAUCUGGUCUGCUCUGUUGCAAUCACUACAUGCAGGUUACCUAGAUACCUGGAGUGCGAGUUUGGUCAUGCUUUGGCAUGAAGUUAAGUUUCCUCUGUAUGCUACAGUUGCCCUUCCUUGGGUUGAGACAACAAACGGUAGCAUUGUGUACUACAUUUCUAUACAAUAGACAUACAUUUCAUUGAUUUUGGACAGCAUAAAAAGGUUGAAAGUAA